AUGUGCAGUGGGGAUAUGUCACUCCUUCUUGAUUUCCAGUACUGGAAUAGUCGUGUAUUUAAUUGGAUGGGCUUACGCAACUUUGUCAUAGCUCCUCUCUCUGAGGAACUUAUCUUCCGUGCGUGUAUUACUUUCCAUUUACGUCCUCUAUUCUCUUCGUGUAUCUUACUUUGUUUCGUCAGUUCGUUAUUUUUCUCGUUAGCUCAUCUUCAUCAUAUUUUCGAAUCAGUUAGACAUGGUCAAGAUUUUCAGUCUGCAUUUAAAAGUUCGCUUUUUCAAGUGUUCUAUACCACUUUGUUUGGAAUGUAUUCUGGAUUUCUGAUGCUGAGAACUGGUAAUAUCGCAUCAAGUGUUGUAACACACUCCCUGUGCAACUUCUUCGGUUUACCAGAUAUAACAGGUGCUAUCGAAAGAGCGAAGUAUCAUUGGGGGUUGUGUGGUCAAGUGCUAUUGCAUGCUCAGAUAGUCAUUUUAAAGAUAAUGAAACUUGGUGAUGCAUUGAAGGGGAAUGUUACAUAUGAAACUAUAAGACCUUAUGUUAUAUCAUGCCUGCCAGAUGAUUCUUUGGCUUCAGAGUCAUGUAUUGCUGAUUUAGAAUUUGCAUCUAACUACCUGGAUUGCACGUAUUUUACUCUGCGUGUGCUGAACACGGAAUUGUUACAGAUAAAGCAGGCGUCUAAAAUUAAGUCUAAUAGCUAUUACAGAAAUGUACUAACUAUAUUUGAUCUCCUACUUAAACCGGAGAAAAAACCAUCAGGAUUUCUAGGAGAUUUGCCGAAGCCAAAGAGUGAUUUGGCUCGAAAUUCUAAUUGUUCACAUCUGCGCCACUAUUUUACUCAAGUUUGGUUGUCGUUUCUAAGCAAUGAACUGUCUGACGAUGUACGCAUACAAGCUAUUCGAUUUUUAGGUGAUGGACGUAUGAAUCGUUUAGCUGAAAUUCGUCUAUUAUCUAAUUAUAUUCUACCAAUUUUCGAUCCUGAUCCAGAAAAUAAAUUAUCCUCAUCAGAAGUGAUUAAUUUUUCAACUAGUUGGUCUCGUGCAGUUAGUCAUACAGUACUUGGUCUAAUUCAUAAAGGUGAUGUAAACUAUCCACGUCUAUACAUUAGACUUUAUCGUUUAUUGGAUGAAACUUUGUUUGAAUGUCCAGAUGCAAGACCAUUUUUAAUUGAUUUAGAUAUCUACUUGAGUUCAAUGCAUCUGGCCACGUCAGUUGUUGCAUCUUUCAUUAAACGACUUUCUCAAUUGUGCAUAUUCAGUCCACUUUCACUUCUACCUGCUAUGCUUUUAAUAAUCCUCAAUUGUUUAGAACGUCAUCCUCAGUGUCGCAUUUUAAUUGACUGUAAGAAAAAGCCACCACGUAAGUCAUUCCUGCAGAGUCCGAUGAUAAACCCACACAAACUGCAACUGAUGUACAGUCGUUUGGUGAUCCGUAUAACUGGGAAGCAGAAACUUUUGAAUUGUCUAGAGCAUUAG